UAGAGCUAUGUAGAAUAGGUAUUUACAUAUUUAAAUUCAAUUUUAAUUGUCAGAACUAUUACCGAGGGUGAUUACAAUUAUACUCGGUGUUUCAGGAUAUUUUGUGUUAAAAUUCAUUUUAUUAAAUAUUGAAUAUGACGACCAUUUACUAGUAAACAUAUGUUUCUUCUUUUUUUAAUAUUAUGACUUGAAAUAAAGUUUCAUUUUUAAAAAAUCAUACUACCAACUGAUAAAAUCAUCGUUAUCAUCGUCAUACCUAUUCUCGCGCCACUUUUUAAAUACCCAGAAGCGCAGGAAAAUAUUCAAAUUUAAAUCUCAUAGGACGGACCAUGGAGAGAGCCCCGAUUUAAAAAUCCAUAUAAACCUUAAAUCAUUCGAAGCAAUAUAACGAGAGUCCACCGUAUUGUUACCUUUUCGUCUAAAUUAUCGUCCCUCGCUAUAUUCCAUCGCCAACCAGUUUAAUUUUCUCCAAAAAUAAUAUCGCAUCCAUCGAAUCUCGAAUCUCGUCUCGCAACGAACGCAGACAAUUUCAGUAUGAAACCUCAAAUGUAAGAACAAAAAUUCUAAUAUAAAAACACACCCUACCUAAAUCACAUUCUCUGCUGUCCGAAAAUGUCUCGUCCCGUACACUGCUGGAGAAACCAUGGAUAUCUCCCUGUUAUUCUUUCGUCUGUUAUCUAACCUCGUUGGUAUAACCUUCCUCUGAAAACCAAACUGGAAAACUGGAACAAUCGUCAGACGAUGCAGGCGAAUCAGAGCUCGGACAAGACAGUGGAUCGUCUGAUACCACCAGCAUCCCAUCGACCCCGAAGACUCGAUCGACCAGGUGACUUGAAAAUCAAGCAGCUAUUGUCCACGUUUCCCGACAACGAAAUUCAAUUAUUAAACGGUACACUGAUGAUCCCCGUCUCUGCAGAAGACGCGAGGUCCCUCGGUCUUCGGAUACCAGAUUUGGACAGUUUCUCAGUCGACUCGAAUUCCACAUCCUCGAAGGCCUCCGCUUUGUCCAGCGUCAAAUCAGCGAAGAGAUCGAACGAAGAGGAUAAUAAAUCGAGAAAAGAUGUUAAGAGACAGCGUAACGCGGAUGGUAAAGGGGUGAAAAGACGUCAGGAUGGGAAACAGGAACGAAAGGCCCAACGUACAGCUACCAUAGAAAGGCUUAGUAAUUUCCAUGCGAAGUUGGGACGAGGAUUAAGGAGCAUUUCUAAUAGGACGAGACCCAGGCAAAAACUUCGUUCCGAAAUCGUGAAAGAGAACGAUGAUAAAUCGAAUGCCGACGGUUCGGCUCGUUCGUCCAUUGGUGGACGAUUCAAGAGAAAAUUGAAUAAUCGGGAUAAAAAGUCUGAUGGACUUAAGAAGGAUUCGAUGACUAUGAAACAAUUGUUCAGUAUGGCAGAGUCGUGGAGCAGCGACUCUAUGGUCAGUGAUUCGGAUAAUUGUGCCUGUUGUCAUACGAAGGAACCUUGUCCUCUUCAUAGAAAUGAAUUCUUCGAUGGGAGAUGAUUCGAUGGAACCUUGCCUUUUGGGAAAGUUUCGUGGAUUAAUUUUGGUAGAGGCGAAAUUUUCAGGAUUUUUUCGAGAUUUUAUUGAAGGUUAGAGGAAAUAAUUUAAGAAUUAAUAGGCAGAGUCAGUGUCGUUUUACAUGGAGGUCUAAGGAGGGCUACAAGCCCUAGUCUAUUUUGCAAUGAGUCUCGUUAUAAGUCUUAUUUAUUUUCUUUACUAUUGAAUUUUAAUUUUAUUUAGAAUAAUUUUUAAUUUUUGAACAAAGUUUUUCAACCAGAGGCCCUUGAGGGUUCGAUAGCUCCAGGGCUCCAGAAAUCUUAAUCCGAUCCUGGGUAUAGUAUAUAUUAAAGGGUUUGGGGAAAGAGUAAAAUAAGCAUUUUGUUAUAAAUUGAAUUAAAGAUACAAAAUUCUCUUUCAAGAAAGAAAAUCUAGUUUGAAUAAUAGGUUUAUAUUCCUACGUCACUAAAUUCGAACAUGAUUCAUCGUUUUUAAAGCUAUUGCUAUUUUUGCCCGUGUAUAUUUGUAAAUAGGAGAAACGAUAGACUUACUCAGCACAUAACAUAAGUGCUGGAUUAGUUAUGGUGAAAUGAUAAAUUGACCUUCACUGUCUUACUUUCCUUCAUUUUCACUUAUGAGAUUGCACUAUAGCCAUGUGUACUCUGAUUGAAAUUAUAUCCCAAGCAUACAGAGUCAAAAUUUUCAAACUUUCAAAGAUAUUUGUAAAAUUAAUUCACCCUGAGAAGUUUAAAAAACGCCUUAUUUCGGGGAAUUUAUUUUAAGUGACUUUUUUAACGGAAACCGUGUGAAUGGUAGGUACCCAAUUUUGUUGUUCUAUCAAUUUUUAUUUAUAAACUAUUGUGAUAAUCAAAUACAUACCAUACACUAUUUCUGAAACAAAAUUUAAACCGUCAAAUAUUAAUUAAAUCUAACAAUAUUUAUUUUAUUUUAUUUUUUUUUUCUUAAAGGCUAUUUUGUUCCAAAAAAAAGAUGAUACUAGUUUAUUAUGAUUCAACUAAUUAAUGAAAAUUAAUUGUUCCAUUUUAACCCUUAAACUUAGAAAAUUAAUCAAACCUUAAAUACUAACAAUAAGAUGUUUAAAAUAUGUUUUACAAAUUGCAGGGUUUUCUAAUUUAUGAAAAUUGAUAAUUCUGCUGCAUAAAUCACAGAAAUUCUCAAACGCAGUCCUUUCAAUAGUCUCUUACAAAUGACGAGAUGUAAAGAUCUAAUGAAUCGUACAACCCCGUAAAGUAUUAAGUUCUUUAAAAACAAGACCUCGAACGAAAUCAAUUUAUUCCACUUAUUUUUGCCCAGCAAAACUGCUGUUUGCUUGCUAUCAUUAUGAUUGCAUCUCCACUCGUAUAUAAGGAAAGAAAAAGUUUCGCCGAGCUAGUUUUUACCGUCUUGUAAGAUAAAUCACCGAGUAUAUAGUCGUUAAUGAUACAAGCAAUUAUUCACAGCUUUCUUAACUCGCAUAAGGGCACCCAUUAACCUCGAGUUAUCCGAUAAAAACCAAAUUCAAACCCUGUAGUUACUUAAAAGGAGAAACUGGCAAUAUUUUUGAAUGAUUUUCAGGAUUCUGAUCUUUAAAAUCUGAAGACUUUCCUAAUUUCCAGAAUCGUAUUUGUUGCGCGUUGUAUUUCUAUUACCGCGCUUUGUAUUACGCGGUAUAUUUCGCACGCUGUAUUUCCGCGCAUUAUAUUGCCAUCCGCUGUAUUUCCGCGCCUUAUAUUGUCACGCGCUAUAUUACCACACGCUGCGUUAUCCCGCGCUAUAUUGCCAUGCGUUGUUUUCCCUCGCCUUAUAUUUCCGCGCGCUAUAUUGCCAUGCGUUGUAUUACCGCGCGCUGUAUUCCCGCGCAUUAUAUUGCCAUACGUUGUAUUAUCGUGCCUUAUAUUGCCACGCGUUAUAUUACAGCGCGCUGUAUUAUCGCGCGCUAUAUUGCCAUGCGUUGUAUUCCCUCGCCUUAUAUUACCACGCGCUAUAUUGCCGUGCACUGUAUUUCUGCGCGUUAUAUUACCACGCGCUAUAUUGCCAUGCGUUGUAUUCCCGCGCAUUAUAUUGCCAUGCGCUGUACUUCCGCACCUUAUAUUGUCACGCGUUAUAUUACCACGCGCUGUAUUAUCGCGCGCUAUAUUGCCAUGCGUUGUAUUCCCUCGCCUUAUAUUGCCGUGCACUGUAUUUCUGCGCGUUAUAUCACCACGCACUAUAUUGCCGCGCAUCAUAUUGCAAUGCGUUGUAUUAUCGCGCCUUAUAUUGUCACGCGUUAUAUUACCACGCGCUAUAUUGCCAUGCGUUGUUUUCCCUCGCCUUAUAUUACCACGCGCUGUUAUUUUCACCCGCUUUAUUGCCACACGCUACUUGCCACGCGUUAUAUUACCCAUCUUUAUACCGUCACGUUAACUUCGCCUCUCUACACAGUAAUCAAGAUAUUCGUUAUCCACGAAUUACCUAGUAGGUAAUCUAAACUCGCGCUGGAAUAGAGAUUACAUAAUUUCCUUUUGAU